AUAUAUCUGUUUUUCUUAAAAUGAGUGGCUGUAAAUAAGAACGAUUUAAGAUUGAAAAAGGACAUAAGGUCGGAUGUGCAGUUGGCUUUCGGAGAUAAAAAUAAAUUCAUUUACAUACUACUGCUUUACGUUAGUGUUUAACCAGUGUGAUUCAAUAUAAGGACAAUAAAGCAUAAAAAAGGAAAAGAAAAUGAAUAAGUCAUCGCUUGUGGCACCACUUCCACCGUUAAAUUAUCGGCCUAGUCAGAAUACCGAAUCUGCUAAGCCUGGAGCACAAAGAGAAAACACAGGGUUGUCCCUUCAACAUAACCGCCCUAAUGAGCACAUCACAAACGUUGUAAAUACAUCAACCCAUAAUUCAAAUAAAGAUGCAGAAGAAGAGAACAAGAUAUGCUACUUUUUGUCCUGCAAGUGCAUCACAGAGCCUUGGAACAGGGUGAUGAAACAAGAUGUACCACCACGAACUUUGAGGAGAAAAGAUGUACUUAAGAUAGUGUUGUUAAGGUCGCUGAUGGUCGUUCACAACGUCCUGUGUAUCUGGAGAAUCACUGUGGCGACUCAGGAGCCGUUGUUUUGGUGUAUGUGUCUCACUAUCCCGUUACAGAUAGCUGAAAUGGUAUACGCACUGAUGCGAGAUCGAAGAAUAAGGAAAAGGUGGCGACCCUGUUUCAUAGUCUACCUUGUAUGCGUUGUCCCAUCAAUUUGGAUUCUGCAGUAUGACCAACAUUACAAAGCUCUAAAUGCGGGAAAUUGCACGUGUAAUGAAACAGGAGAAGAGUAUUCGAAAGUUUGGGAUGCUUUCCGAGCGCUAGAAGACUUAGAAGACAAAACAUGGAUAGUCAUUCUUCUAGAAAUGCUUCUUUACAUCCUUCUUAUAGGUCGUCUGCUGCAUGAUACCAUUACACAACAUGUAUUGACACAGCAAAAGAUAGGCUUCAUUGGAAGCGCUUCAGAUAUAAUGGACCUGUUUUCAAUGUUUGAAGAGAGAAAAAUAAUAACAAACGAAGAUAUAGUGAAGAUCAUUUUAUUAACUUGGUCACUCACCUUUAUCCAGUUUAUUCCUAUUUGGGGGAGCCAUCUUCAAGGAAAGAGACAGAAGGAACACAAGCGAUUAAUAGGCGAUGAUCAAGAUGGAAAGAACUACUUCAGGCGACAAUGUUGCUCCAGAUUAUCUCGCGUAUUGGAUGAUUCGAUUCUAGGAAAAACGGAGGAAUUCGAAUCGAUGGCAGCUUUCAUAUUCCAGGACACCUAUUUUCUGAUAGUAAGAGUUUAUGUAAUGGCUUAUCUGAAAGUUUUUACAAGGACUGUGGUGUUUUUCACCAUCAAGAAUGUUGUCAUGAUUAUACUUUUCCUCACAAGACUUCCUAAAAGGCAAAAAUUUAUUUACCUCUUUUUAUCAUUGGGCAUUCCCUUUUUGCUGUUUAUUAUAUACUCUGCAGAAUAAAGAGGCUGACGCCCUCGCCACUCUUCUAGUACGCGGUAUGCAGUUGCUUUAUAAGGUGUUAUCUUAACUCAAAGGGGUGCUACGCGUUCGGCAGGAAAUAUGUAAAAAGAUAAGGUUCGAGCCUCAAUAUUUCAUUAAAAUUCAGAAAAUAUUUAAGGACUUGGAUAUCAAAAUCAUUAAACAUGUUAUUAUACUGUAACGUGUCC